GCGAGCUGUGGGGCCCGGCCGGGAGGCCGCGGGGGUGCGUCCGGCGGCCGCUGCCUGAGGCUUCAGCCCACGAGGGGGAUGUGACCGGGACUGAGAGAAUCGUCUGGAAUCAUGGAGACCGUGGUGAUUGUCGCCAUAGGUGUACUGGCCACCAUCUUCCUGGCUUCCUUUGCAGCCUUGGUGGUAGUUUGCAGACAGCGUUACUGCCGGCCUCGGGCCCUGCUGCAGCACUAUGAUUCCAAGCCCAUUGUGGACCUCAUCGGUGCCAUGGAGACCCAGUCUGAACCCUCGGAGUUAGAACUGGAUGAUGUUGUCAUCACCAACCCCCACAUUGAGGCCAUUCUGGAGAAUGAAGACUGGAUAGAAGAUGCCUCGGGUCUCAUGUCCCACUGCAUUGCCAUCUUGAAGAUUUGUCACACGCUGACAGAAAAACUUGUUGCCAUGACAAUGGGCUCAGGAGCCAAGAUGAAGACUUCAGCCAGUGUCAGCGACAUCAUCGUGGUGGCCAAGCGGAUCAGUCCCAGAGUGGAUGAUGUUGUGAAAUCGAUGUAUCCUCCACUGGACCCGAAACUCCUGGACGCACGGACAACUGCUCUGCUCCUGUCAGUCAGUCACCUGGUGCUGGUGACCAGGAAUGCCUGCCACCUGACAGGGGGCUUGGAUUGGAUUGACCAGUCACUGUCGGCUGCCGAGGAGCACUUGGAAGUCCUGCGAGAAGCUGCCCUGGCUUCUGAGCCAGAUAAAGUCCUCCCGGGCCCUGAAGGCUUCCUGCAGGAGCAGUCGGCUAUUUAGCGCCUGCUGUCACCCCUGGGUGGCUCAGCUGAGCCUUCCACUUUUUCCUGUAGAGCUAGUUCUUCUUCAUGACUCAGGACGAUGGCUGUAUGUGCAUAGUAAUGCAGGCAGCCCCAGAAGCCUUUGUUGCAGUUGCAGAUGCUGACUGGAGAGUGGCAGUCUAACACUACAGUCAGGAGAGCUGGCAUUCAGCAUCUGUGUGGCAGAGCUCUGAAAAUCGGUGCUCUGUAAGCAUUAUUCGGCUCACCUAGUGUUUUUAAGAUCAUUGAGCUAGCAUAUCAGAACCAAGAGUUUUCAUGUUAAAAUUAGACUUUCUGGCUUCUCCCGAACAAUCAAGAUGAGGCAACUCUGAUCUUCAUCUUUGUAAGAAGACAAUCAAUUGCAACUAAAUAGGCAUUGCCUCAUUUGCCAAGACCUGUGCUCUCUCACCUGGCCUGUUUCAUUUAUUUGUACCUUCUGCCUGGUCCCUGAGGUCUCCCUUCCCUUCACAGGUUUGGGUUUGAAGGCAAGCAACACCCAGUUGAUUUCCCUUUUGUCAUUAUGCCUGCAAUUCCACCUAGCCGCCACUAGGUGAAUAGUAAACGUGUACUUAGGUUUCCCUCAAGUGUGUGGUUAUUGAGUCAAAGUCAAAUGCAGUGUGUAUGAUUGGACAUUGCCUGAGAACUGAGGAUGGAAGGAGCAAGUCCGAGAAUCCUGAGACCUUGUGUAUAUGACUCAAAAUGAGAUAUUUAAAGACUCCCAGAGUUCAGGCAGAGGUGAAGAAAACCGUAAACACCGUAUACCACAAGACGGUUUCCACAUUAGCAGUGACAUCCAUGAAGGAUGUUCUCCCCGUCAAUAGCUGUUUGUUUUGCAAAUAUUGAAAGAUGAGGACAUUUUUAUGACUUGAGACCUUUGUGGGACCCAGAAUCACGAUUGCGUAAUCCAGACACAUCCAGACUACAUACUUUCCUCAUAAGCAUACAGGAAAGCCUGAAGCACUUUGCUUCCUCCCAGUCCUCAGAGACUCCAUCCCUCUUGGGAGAGGGUCCUGGCUUGGGGGUGGCUUUGCUUCAUGGCCUGUGCUGUAAAGCAUGCCUUGAGCUCCAUAUGUAUUCAUAUUCACUUUCUCUGCCCACACUCAAGUCAGCGAAUCCGUCAGCCUGAGUUCUAGAGACCUAGGAACCCACAUUCCUGAGUACCAGAUUGGGGCCUUGUUUGACGUGGAAGCACAUUCCAUUCUCCUGGAAAACAGGAUGCUUCUAACUCAUCCCAUUGGGGGAGCUGGAGUCGGGGGAAGGAAACCAGAGCUCAGCUCUCAGGAAGGGUGCAUUCCUGAUUAUGGGAACAUCAGCCUGGGCUCACGCCAGGUCCUUCUGUCCCACUGGCAAGCUGUGAGUAGGAGAUGUCCUCAGUACCACUUGGACUUUUUCAGUUGGCUGCCACACAUGGACAUCCACAGUCCUAUGUUUUUGGUCUUCCCCUCAUUAAACCUGCUUUCACACCAGACUGGAAGCCCUGCAACGUUUGUGUGGCUGCCAUAGUUUACAUGCCUGGACAUUUAAACCUAGAGCACAGAACUAAGCAAGAGAGAGAAGUGGCACUGAAUCGCCUCUCAGACCUAAUCCACCAGGUGUGGGGUGGGAUGGGGAAGUUUCUAGCAUCUCUGAAGCCCACUCACCUACUUUCUCUGGCCCUGGAGGCUUCCUGAGCGCUGAUUGCUGCCCUUUCCAUUUCCAGGAGAGGUGGCUGAAGGCCUUGGGAGUGUGGGCUUGGUUUCAGGUGCUCUAACUCCACCUUGGUGUGCAGGACCCCGGGAGUCUGGAUAAGGCUGGGCUUAGUCACUGACUGUUUUACUGGUGGUGAAAACACCUUUGGGGUAGGAGGCAACCCUACUUCUCUAGGCCCUUUGGGAGUUGACUGAAGUCACCUCCUUUGGGAGUGGCUGGUGAGUGAGUCUGGGGGUUUCAGUUGUGGUUUCCCCAAUUCCCUAGUCACUAGUGUUGUGUAUAUAUGGUGACAGGUCUAUUCUUUCAUGACCCCCACCACCUCUUUCCUGGAGUAGGAACACUAGACUCCAGUUCUAAAUGGAGUAGGAAUUACUCGGAGAUAGCACUUGAGUGUGGAAAUGACAAGAUCUUUGAAGUCAGACAGAAUUAUAUUCAAAUUUUGGCUUAGUAAUUUACUGUGCGAGCUUGGACAAGUUGCUUAAUCUUUCUGGCCCUUAGCUUGCUCACCUGUAAAAUCAAGGCUACUGCCUCCUUGAGUUGGUAUGUCAACUAAAUGAAGUGACUGUGAAAUACCUAAUUGUGUGCCUUGUGAGCAUUAGCCCUUCUCCCCGUACCUCCUGCCCCCUGAGGCAGCUCAGGGGUGUCAUCUCAAUUACCAGCACUCUGUCCAAACAGGGGAUUCUGAUCAUGACCCCUGGAAUGGAGUAGCCAAAAAUACGGACUCAGUGCUGUAGGGAGUGAGGCCAAGCCUUGUCCCUGCCCCACCCCAAGAAUGUUCACAAAUGAGGGCGAUUCCAGCUCUUGGCCUUCUCUUAUCAGUGUUUCCAGGGCUGGUUGCUCAAGCUCACAUUCCUCUAGAGUGCAGCCCUUCAGCCAGUGCAACCUUCCAGACAAAAGUAGUGUUCCUAGCUUCCUGGUGCCACCAGCCAGUUUCAUCCCAGGAGUUCCUGCUCUUCAGAGACACUAUUCUGCAUGCUCAUGUGAGCCUGCUAUGUAGAAAAAGCCCCUGAGUUGGUGUAUGACCUUGGAUGUACUGGGAAGGUGUCAAAUGAAGAAUUUCUAUUUCCUCCUUCCCUCGUUCUGCCCUGCCUCUCUCCUCUCCACAAAUAAGCUUACUCCAGGGGAAGUGUGGGGCUAGCUGCUGGGGAUACAAAACAAAAGGUAAGAAGCAAGGGAGGUGAAUGAACAGCUGUAGGAACUACAACUGUGCCAGCGCAGUGAUGGAGGGUUGCAGGGGAUAGAGUUGUGGGGGCACAGCAUAGGGAGAAGGUGGGACCAAAACUUCUGGGAAGAAACCUGGAAGGAAGGUGAGCCUGAGACAUAGCAAAGAGGUUCAGGAGGGUGUCCUGAGCAGACUGGAUAUCAUGAGAAAAUGAAGGGGCCAGCGUCAACAGAACAUGGCUCAUUUGAGAGGUGCAGGUAAU